CAUUUGCUUGACGACGUGAAGAAUCCUGACAAGAGUAAGAGAGGAAAAAGGAGGAAACCAAUGAUAGGACAUGCCGUCUGCAGAAGAGUUUGGCGUGGGAUUCUAUUCGACUGUGUAGGUGACAAGAAAUUCCAGGUCAAAUCUUGCUCAAAGCUACGUUCGCUUUCCAAGUGCGAGAACGCAGUGGUGGUUUGCUGUCAUCAGAAACAAUCUUCUUCUCCAUAAAUGAAUCAUUCAGUGUCCUGUUUUUAUGCAUGUAUGUGAUGCAAAGAGAGAGACAGGAGCAGUAGUAGUAAUCCAAGUUUCUGAUACGACAACGAGGGAUAUAUAUCAGUGUGGGAGAUUUGCUGAGCCAGCACUUAAAUGUUGCUGGGAAGAAGAGUCUCUGUUCUUCUUUCCAUAUCUCUGCCUUCUUUGACAUCCGCUGUAUCGUUUGCCUCGGUCCUCACGCUUCUACAUUUCACGCUCGCAGUUCCUUUCUCUGCCCUGCAAGCAAAACCCUCCAUUAAACCCCACCUAAAACAGUCCAAGUUCCGAAACAUCACUCGCCCCUUUCGUCCCUUCCGAAACCCUAUAAAGGCCCCUUACCUUCUCCUCCGGUAAAAAAGAGGUAAUGAUAUCUACCCGGGAGAAGAGGUCCCUUUCCACAGUCGCAUAACAACAAGGCGGCUUUUGACAGCCAUCGCACAGCAAGGAAGGGAGAGAACAGAGCAGGGCAGGGCAGGGCAGAGCAGAGAGCGAGCACACAUGGGUUCCGCAAGGGAAGCUGAAGGCGAGAUAAGCCCUGCUACCUGGACGCCGGGCCCCAUCAUUGUGGGCGCUGGCCCCUCGGGCCUUGCCGCCGCGGCUUGCCUCGCCGACGUCGGCAUCCCCUCUACCGUCCUCGAGAAGUCGAGCUGCGUCGCCUCGCUCUGGCAGCACCGCACCUAUGACCGCUUGCGCCUCCACCUCCCCAAGCAGUUCUGCGAGCUCCCGCUGAUGGGCUUCCCUAAGGGAUUCCCCAAGUACCCGUCGAAGCAGCAGUUCGUAUCCUACAUGGAGUCCUACGCCGCCGCAUUCGGCGUCCGGCCGCGGUUCCGGACCGAGGUCCUGGCUGCGGAGUUCGACGGGGCGAUCGGGGCUUGGAGAGUCCGGACUCGCGAUGGGGGCGAGCUUGUGAGCCGUUGGCUGGUGGUGGCGACGGGAGAGAACGCAGAGCCGGUGAUCCCGGAGUUCCCGGGGAUGGAGCGGUUCGGCGGGCGCGUUGUCCAUACGUGCGCCUACAAGUGCGGGGCGGACUUCAAGGGGGAGAAGGUGUUGGUGGUAGGGUGCGGGAAUUCCGGCAUGGAGGUCAGUUUGGACCUCUGCCGCCAUGGCGCAAGGCCUUACAUGGUGGUCAGGAACACCGUGCGUGUGUUGCCGCGUGAGAUGCUGGGGCUGUCGACGUUUGGAGUGUCCAUGGCGCUCCUGAGAUGGCUGCCGCUGAGGCUGGUGGACCAGUUCCUGUGCGCCAUGGCCCAUCUCCUGCUCGGCGACACUGACAGGCUCGGCCUCCGAAGGCCCAAGACGGGCCCCAUCGAGCUCAAGAACCUCACGGGCAAGACCCCGGUCCUCGACGUGGGCGCCCUCGCCCAAAUCAAAUCAGGCAACAUUAAGGUAAUGCAGGGGCUGAAGGAGAUGACAACGGGAGGAGCCAAGUUCGUGGACGGGACAGAGAUGCAGUUCGACUCGAUCAUUAUGGCGACGGGUUACAAGAGCAACGUACCUUCGUGGCUCAAGGGUGAUUGUGGCCUGUUCACGAAGGAGGGCAUGGCCAAAGACCCAUUCCCCGGCGGAUGGAAAGGGGAGAAGGGGCUCUACUGCGUGGGCUUCACCCGGCGAGGCCUCCUCGGGGCCUCCCAUGACGCUCUCAACAUCGCCCGCGACGUCCUUCUCCGGUGGAAGGAACCCCGUCAUAUGGCCAUGCGGUGA